AUGGAGUUUCGCACCAUUUCACCCGAAGAUGUCAAAAGCGUAGCCACAAACACUGCGCAAUCGAUACCAAUUGAUGAAAUUGAUAGUACUUUCAAGUCCCAAUACACUGAUCUUAUAUCUGCACCACUUGGUUCCAAAGUCCUCUCUUUCAGUGAUGAAUACUUCGCUGCAGCCGAGAAUCUCAUAACGCCGACUCCAGCAGUCCGUAAACCUGGUGUCUUCGUACAUACGGGAGCUUGGUAUGACGGUUGGGAAACCCGACGUCACAAUACCGAACCUGCCGACUGGGUGGUACUGCGACUGGGUACCGCCAGCGGAAAAGUAGCAGGUGUAGAAAUUGACACGGCACACUUCAACGGAAACCAUGCACCAGAAAUUGCCGUCGAGGGUGCUUUUAUCACGGACGAGAAAGAGGAAGAAGAGGUGAAGAAGCCAAGCUACCAGGGUUGGGAGACAAUUCUGUCAAAGCAGGAGUGUGGACCUAGCCAACGGCACGGAUGGAAGCUGGCAAACAUCACUGAAAAGGCGUACACCCACGUCCGACUCCUCAUGUACCCCGACGGUGGCAUUGCGCGUUUCCGCCUCUACGGUGUCGCCGUGCCCGUGUUCCCCCAAUCCGCAGAUGCCAUCUUCGAGCUCUCAGCAACAGUCAUGGGAGGCGUCGCAACAUCAUGCUCAGACCAACAUUUCGGCACAAAAGACAAUCUCCUCCUCCCCGGUCGCGGAAAAGACAUGGGCGACGGCUGGGAAACGAAGCGCACGCGUGGCGAACACGUCGACUGGACGAUUGUCAGGCUGGGCGCAAAGGGCGAAAUCGAUCACGUUGUUGUAGACACGGCGCACUUUAGGGGUAACUUCCCGCAAAAGGUGCAGGUCUUUGCUGGAAGCUUUGAGAAGGAUCCGGCUCAUGAUGAUGCGUCGUGGGUUGAGGUUCUGGAGCCGCAAAAGACGGGUCCGGAUAAGGAGCAUGAGUAUAAGGCUGAGCUUAAGGAGGUGGCUGGCAGGGGCUACACGCAUGCGAAGUUGGUGAUUAUCCCGGAUGGAGGUGUGAAGCGGUUCCGAGUUUUCGGAAAGAGGGUGUAA